GGUACACACCCCUUCCCACCCACACUCCCCAUACGCGACCACAAUGGACACGAUGGCAAACGACAGGGCGUUGCUGCAGUACAUGGUGCCCGGCAGCACGCUGGCGGACAUCGUCUCCUCCUCCGAGGACGACGCCGACUACGACGCCUACUUCGACGCAGGGGAGGCGAAGGGCGAAGGCGUGCGUGUUGUAGACGAGGAGGGCGGCGGCGGCACCGGCACCAACGCACAGAACGCGGCGACCUCCCUCGCCAAGUUUCAGCCCGCGCAGCACAAAAAUGCCGAUGCCAAAGUGCUGAGCCGCAUCCACAUCGACGACUACUACGACGGCCACAACGCCGGUGGCGGCGCGAGCGGCGGUGCUCAGUCGAACGCGCGAGUAUUGAAUGAGCUUCGGGAGAUGACAAUGUCCAGCCGCUUCGUGCAGAACUCCGCCUCGAAGAAUGUGGAUCGCUCGGAGCGUGCCACGGUGGAGAACGUGCUGGAUCCACGUACGCGUCUCAUCCUGUACAAGCUCGUCAACUCCGGAAUUCUGAGCGAGAUCAACGGCUGCGUUUCGACCGGCAAGGAGGCGAACGUGUACUACGCCGUCAGCGGCGAUGGCAGCCCUGCCGCGCUGAAGGUGUACAAGACCUCCAUCCUCUCUUUUAAGGACCGCGACCAGUACGUGUCAGGGGAGUUCCGCUUCCAGCGCUACUGCAAGAGUAACCCGCGGAAGAUGGUGCGAACGUGGGCCGAGAAGGAGGCGCGGAAUUUGAUUCGCCUGCAGGAUGGCUGUGUGCUGGCGCCUGCGGUGAAGCUGUUGCGGCAGCACGUCCUCGUCAUGGAGUUCCUCGGCGAGGACGGGUGGCCGGCGCCGCGCCUGAAGGAGGUGAAGUUCCCGUCCGCGAAGGCGCUGGACAGGUGCUACCUGGACCUCUGCUGCACGAUGCGGAAGAUGUUCGCUCGCAGCCAUCUCAUUCACGGCGACCUCUCCGAGUACAACCUUCUGCUCUACCGCGGCCGCGUCGUGGUGAUUGACGUGUCGCAGUCCGUCGAGCACGACCACCCCCGCUCGAUGGACUUCCUUCGGCGCGACAUUGUGAACGUGAACGGCUUUUUUCGCUCGCAGGGCCUGGCGGAACUGUUUAGCCUGCAGGACCUCUUUCACUUCAUCACGGCGGCGCCGGCGAAGACGGGGUGGCAGCGCUGCCAGGGCCCGCCGAACGAUGAGGAGUUGAUGGCGCGUUUAAAAGAAAUCCGUGAGGGCUACCAGGCUGACGGCGUGCCCGCGGUGGACGUGGAGCAGGCGAAGGUAGAUGAGCAGGUGUUUCUGAACAUCGCCGUGCCGCGCUCCCUGAACGAAAUCUCUGACCGUGUGGCGCCAAACCCGGAGGUGGCGGCGUUCGUGGAGAACAUGACGGCUGCCCCGGCCGCCUCUGCCGCGGCUGCGGAGGGGGAGCACCGCUUAGGCGAGGACGGGUGUGAAGACGGUGACAGCGAAGGAGAUGACGGUGCCCCUUCGGAUGAGGAGGAGGAGGCCGAGGAUGACGCAGCGGCAAACGAAGGGAAUACGAAGCGCACGGCGGCGCCGCAAGCCGUACUCGCAGAUAUGACGAAAGAGGAGCGCAAGACACACCGCAAGACCGUUAAGGAGGCAAAUCGCGAGAAGCGCAUCGAGAAGAAGCAGAAGGGCGCUGGUAAAAAGAAGAAGGGAAAGAAGUAG